AUGGAAAUGCUUUACAAUGGCAACAAAGCGGUGGAAGUUGAACAGGGUAGUGAAGAAAAUACUGAAAGUCAAAUGGUUAUGGAUGAGGAACUCUCAACGAAAGAUCGAAAUUUCAAGGAAAGAUUUCUAGAUGGUAAUCCUGAAGAGGUAGUUGAUAUAGAACAUGAAGAUAACAAAUGUAAUGGGGUCAUGGAAGAUGCGCUAGAGAGGACGAUAAACGAAGUUGCAGAGACAAGUUUGCAAAGUGCUGCUGUUGAAGGGGAAGAUCUAACGAACGAAAAUUCGAAGAAGAAGAGCAAAUACGACUGGGAUGCACCGAUCGUUAAAGACAUUGUUCGACGAGUUAAAAAUCACCGAUUAUCUCAUGCUAAAGCAGCUGAACAAUUGUCUCUAUUAAUGGAUGCGAAAGUAACAUCUAUUGGAGUACGUUUGCAAGUUGUUAAAAUGGCAAACGAUGAAGCACUUGCGAAGCAGGAUCAGCGAAGUGGAUACUCAAAGAUAUUCAAAGAUGGUAAUUCUUCCCCAGGUAAAGUUGCAAACAAAACUGCAGAUGUGUCAGUGAGAGAGCGUGAAAGUAAAUCACCUGUUUCAUAUCGUACCAGAAGCAAAACAGGUAGCAAAACAGCAAACGAUUCACAAAGUAGUAAAUCGGAAAGUGCUGUGGAAGUUCACAUUGCACCACCAAAUAUGGGCGAACCUAGCAGUCAGUGCACUGGGAACAUCAGUAACGGAAUUAGUUUACCACUGACAACAAUGCAGAAUGAUACAACAAAUAACCAGCUUUAUUUGCCUAUCAUCAUUUCACAGCCAGCAUCCGCAGCAGCAGUGGCUACGAAAAUGGUACCACCAGUUAUUCGGCUUUUAGAUAACGAAGGGAAAUUGACACAUAUUGCAGUCGCUGAAAAUGGUAGCUACAAAUUAUAUCGUGUAAGUGAGGGAGGUACAAAUGGCGAGCAUAUGCAGAUGGUUAAUCAGGCUAUGUCGACUGGUACUGCUUCAUCAAUAAUUGAAUCUACAAACGGCAUGGUUACAGCGGGAAUCCAAGGAGCGACGAAGCUAGAAAAAAGCAUGACACCUAGUUGCAGUGCUAAUUAUUACAUCGAAAGUGUUCCAGCGCAACAAACUUUGGGAGCCUUGGUGGGUAUACCGAAAUUCGUCAAUCCGCAACGUUAUGGUGGAAGUAAUGUAUACACAAGGACAAUUGGACCUGUGGGCGCAACUAAUACAAAUUCAUGUGUAAACGCCAUGCGAUCUCGAACUGAAAUAAAAGAGGAAGUUAAAAGAUUGAUUCGUUGCUUGAAAUUUCAACAUAUUACGUGUGAAGAAGCUGUAAAACAAUUGUUCGAAUAUGCUGCACUGCAUUCACCAAACACUAUUUUACCUACUGCAAAAAUGAGCGAUGCUGACGAGAACAAGCAGAAAGCCGACAACAGUGCAGAUUACGAGACACCAUUGCAACGGGAAUGUAGCGCUGAAGAUGGAAAUGGACUGUACACAAGACUAGUUGAUGAGCAAGGAAAUAUGAACAUUGCAAUUGCAGAAGGCGAAGGUUAUCGUGUCUAUCGGUUGAACAAGACAACGCAAAAUCGCGAAUUAUAUAAAUGCGCUGAUUGUGAUUUACUACAUAAAAUCAAAAGAGAUCCAAUUGCGAUAGUUGAAAUUGUCGAUGGCAUAUUGGUGGGCGACAUCCAUCCUUCACACCAUCCAAGGUGUCCCUUGCAAACAUUAUCAGUAAAAGAUAGCGAACAGAAUUCGAUGAGCGACGAACGAGAGUCUUCGUUAUUCCCUGAAGCUACCACGGAUGUCGAGGAAGGUCGAAAAGGAGGCGAAGCGAGAAGAAAUAGUAAUGCAAAGCGUAUACCAAAACAAAAUGGUCGCAGAAAUCGACAAGCGACUAAGUCACCAGUUAGAAAAAGACCUAACGUUGUACCGGAACGAAGUUUGGGAAUGACAUUAAGAAAACGGAAAGCAAGGACCUUAACAAGCCCGGGGAUUUAUGACUCUGAAGUAAUGAGUUAA